AUGCUGUACUUGGGCGGUGGAGGCUCGGAAGUGGACGAAGCCAGGUCAUGGGACCUGGUCUUCCAGUCAGGGCAGCGGAUUACUGUUUGGUCCUUCGCUCAACCUUCUAAUAGGAUACGAAGGGUAAUGGACUGGGUGAGCUCGGCUCUGUCCCAGCGUGGACAUUUCUAUAUCCAGCUUGGGGACAGAGGUCCACGCUUCGGGCUCGAACAAGCCGACGUCUUGGUGAUACCCGGUGGUAAUACACUCAGUUUACUGCAAUGGGUGCAACAGAACGGCUUUUUUACAGCAGUGGCAAGUUUUCUGAAAGGUGGAGGCAAAGUGUAUGGUGGGAGUGCAGGCGCAAUCCUGCUUGGCGCAGAUAUCGCCAUUUGCGACGUCAAGAACGGAGGUCUAGACGAAAACGAGUAUACUUUGGAGGAUACGCAGGGCUUAGACCUCUUGAACGGCGCUGUGGUUUUCCCCCAUUUUGACGCGGGGAGUUCUGCUCACUUUGUUACGUGUCAGAAGUGGGCAGACGACCACUCCGUCAUAGUAAGUGCUAUCCCGGAGAAGUGUGGCGUGGAAGUAGACGAGACAGGGAUAUUUCGAAACGCUGGUCCUGAUUCAGUCCACUUGUUUAGACACCGAAGAGACGCGGCGUCACUCAUUUCAGGUGAGGAUUGGUACAUCGAUGGGAGAGUAACUGCUGUCGAUUAA